ACUGGAUGAGGCGCACAGCCGGCUGACACUCGCUCGAGGCCGCUGCCAGGUCGAUCUGCGGCCGCGGUCAGGAGCACCCGGUUCAGGAGCGCUCAGGCCGGUGCGUGGCGAAACGCGCCCUGGGCUCCGGAUCCCGCAAGCGGCUCACUCAGCGCGCUGAACUGGGGUACAGGCAGAGGACUUCCUCUGUCUUCUGACCAGAAUUGAACUUGCUCUGAAUCUGCCUGUCAGUCUCUCUGGCUUCUGAUAGCAUUUGAAGAACUUCCUGUCUUCUCAUGCCUCCUCAGCACUCAGCCAAAGUGGGAUGAAGACUUUGAAACACCAGUAGACUGCACAUACUAGUGUUCUCAUCCUCUACAUGCCAUUCAUGAGAAAGACAAUACAAGGCUCUACAGCAUAAAGCUCAUGUCCCUGUUGCUUUAAAUCACUCAGUCCCAGAAAGUUAAGCUGAAACUUCUCAGCUUCCAAGAUGGCACCACACAAACUGCAUGCACUUUUAUACCUCUGCAGCUGCCUUGCACUGGUUUAUCCUUUUGACCGGCAAGACCUAAAUCCUGUCGCCCAUUUGAAGUCAUCAGUAUGGUUAAAUAAAGUACAGGCUCUGAUGAAUGCUUCAAACUGUGGCCAAACUAAGAUCCCCCGAGGGAAUGGACCCUUUUCUGUCGGUUGUACAGACUUGAUGUCUAACUACACUAAAAAGAGCACCUUCUUACGUUUGUAUUAUCCAGCCAAAGGUGAUAAUCGCUCUGACACCGUUUGGAUACCAAACAAAGAAUAUUUUCUUGGUCUUAGUAAAUUUCUUGGAAUCCAGAGGUUUAUGGGCAAAAUUUUGCAAUUUUUCUUUGGUUCAACCAACAUUCCUGCAAGCUGGAACUCCCCUCUGAGGACUGGUGAAAAAUACCCACUUAUUAUUUUUUCUCAUGGCCUUGGAGCAUUCAGGACAAUUUAUUCUGCUAUUGGCAUGGAACUGGCAUCUCAAGGGUUUAUAGUUGCUGCUGUAGAACACAGAGAUGAAUCUGCAUCUGCAACUUACUAUUUCCAGGACCAGUGUGCUGCAGAAAUAGCAAACCAAUCUUGGAUCUAUUUUAAAAUCAUAAAACAAGGAGAAAGGGAGCAAUAUCAACGAAAUGAGCAGGUACGGCAAAGAGCAAAGGAGUGUUCCCAGGCUCUCAAUUUGAUUCUUGACAUUGAUUCUGGGAAACCAGAGAAGAAUGUAUUAGAUUUAGACUUUGAUUUGAAACAACUGGAGGGCUCUAUCGAUAGGAAUAAAAUAGCCAUUAUUGGACAUUCUUUUGGUGGAGCCACAGUUCUUCAGGCUCUGAGUGAAGACCAGCGAUUCAGAUGUGGUAUUGCCCUGGAUGCAUGGAUGUUCCCACUGGGAGAUGAAGUAUACUCCAGAAUUCCUCAGCCUCUCUUUUUUAUCAACUCUGAACGGUUCCAAUACCCUGACAAUAUUGAAAAAAUGAAAAAAUGCUACUUACCUGAUAGAGAGAGAAAAAUGAUUACAAUCCUGGGUUCAGUCCAUCAGAAUUUUGCUGACUUCACUUUUGCAACUGGCAAAGUCAUUGGAUACAUGUUCACGUUGAAAGGAGAAAUAGAUUCAAAUGUAGCUCUGAACCUUAGCAACAGAGCUUCAUUAGCAUUUUUACAAAAGCAUUUAGGACUUCAGAAAGAUUUUGACCAGUGGGACACCUUGGUUGAAGGGAAAGAUGAAAAUCUUAUUCCAGGCACCAACAUUGUCACAUCCAGCCAAAAUGCCUGUCUUUCGAAUGCUACAGGAGUUAAUAGCACAUAGAUUACAAAAGCUUUUUAAAAAAAAAAAAUUUUUGUUCUAAAAUUAAGAGGUGUGUGAUUUUGAUGUGUUUUCUAAAAAGAAAAACCUCAUAUAAAAAAUGUAGGCUAUCUGAUAAUACAGAUUGAAACAUGGAAUGUUUCCCCUUUUAAUGUAAACAAUUUUGUCUAUAAAAAUCAUGCUAGCCUAAACAGUAAUGGUAUAAUGCUUCUUUUUCAGUGUCAUUAUUAAAAAUUGUGUUUGCAUAACCCAAUGGACUAAUCUCUUAAAAUCGGUACAGGGCAAUGAAACAUGUUGCAAUAACAUACCCUAAAAUUAUAAUAAAAUCUAUUUCUUGCCUUUGUUUUCUCUA